AUGGAGAACAGCUACAUCGAUCCGAGAUCAUUAACAGCACCAGUCGGUCAGGGACAGGCGGAGGUUUCCGCUCCAGUGGAGGAGCCCACAACACAACGAGCCCGCGAUAGCCUCGACUGCCCUAGAGAUUCUGAGAAAUUACCAUCUCCUUCAACAAAUGGGCAGGCUCUAAACCGUGAUUCUGACUCGGAAGACACCAGGUCUCAGGUCAGGUCAGUCCAUGUAUCGGGUAUCGCAGGAUCUGCGGGGUCUGAUCUAUUCGAUGCAAUACCUCCAAACAAUCAUUUGCACCAACCUUACGUGUACGACCCCUACUACCAUUUCUACCCAUCCAAUCCCCAGCAAAAUUGGCCGGAUGAACAAUCGCAACCACCAUCCGUUGGACAGCCAGAGACACCCUGGGAAAUUCCACCAGCAACUGCACGAUAUCUCUCAGGCGGAAUGAAUCUAGAUCCUGAAGCGGAGUCUGUUUCGUAUCUACUCAUGGCUCAAACGAGUUCCAUGUGCGACACAAUCUUCACUGGCCUCAUAGUAAGAGGGCUGAAGGAGCGUCUGGGAUCCCAAGCGUAUCUGGCAUCGAUUACGAAUACAUUCGUUAAUGGCUCACAGCCUCUUCAUAGUGGAACUGAGGCCCCAUACUACGGUUAG